GUGGUCGCGCACUAGUCAAAUUCUUGUGCUAUACAAAUUUUGCUGUUCCGCCAAAGUACAGAGUCAUCUAGAUUUGAUAAAAUGGCAGAAGGCCAAGAAGAACCAAAAAAGAUCACAAUCACAGUAAAAACUCCAAAAGAAAAACAACAAGUAGAUGUGGAGGAAGAUGCGGAUAUUAAAAAACUCAAGGAAGUAUUGUCACCCAAAUUCAAUGCCGAACCAGAGCAACUCUGUCUUAUAUUUGCUGGUAAAAUAAUGAAUGAUGGCGAUACAUUGAAGCAACAUAACAUCAAGGAUGGGCUAACUGUGCAUCUCGUGAUAAAAACUCCACCGAGACCAGAGCCUGAAGGAGGUACCCGUCGCCCCCCAGCUGAUGUAAGUGCUACUCCUUUCGGUCUAAACUCUUUGGGUGGACUUGCUGGAUUGGAAAGCCUGGGUCUUGGGCAGAGCACUUUUAUGGACAUGCAGUCUCGGAUGCAGCAAGAGUUAUUAUCUAACCCCGAAAUGUUAAGGCAUGUUUUAGAUAAUCCAUUGGUUCAGCAAAUGAUGAAUGAUCCUGAAAAUAUGAGAACUCUUAUUACAUCUAAUCCUCAAAUGCAGGAUCUUAUGGCACGAAAUCCAGAGAUAAGUCAUAUGUUGAAUAAUCCUGACCUUCUUCGACAAACAAUGGAGUUGGCACGUAAUCCUGCAAUGCUUCAGGAAUUAAUGAGGUCUCAUGAUAGGGCACUGUCUAAUCUUGAAAGCAUACCAGGUGGUUAUAAUGCAUUACAAAGGAUGUAUCGUGAUAUACAAGAGCCUAUGCUAAAUGUUGCCAGCAGCAUGGCAGGAAAUCCAUUCUCAGGGCUAGUUGAUAACUCAGAUGGUACCAACCCUCAACAAGGAGCAGAAAAUCGUCAACCACUACCCAACCCUUGGCAGCGUGGUGGGGGUGCAGCUAGCACAGGUACUACAGGGACAGGGGCAGCCACAGGCACUGGACCUGGUCUGAUCAACACUCCUGGAAUGCAGUCCUUACUACAGCAAAUGUCGGAGAACCCUCGCUUAAUGCAAUCCAUGUUGUCUGCACCAUAUACUAACAGUAUGCUGCAAGCUCUUGCGGCUGACCCAGAAAUGGCUUCACAACUUAUAAAUCAGAAUCCAAUGUUCGCCAAUAAUCCACAACUUCAGGAACAAAUUCGCACGAUGAUGCCUCAAAUGCUAACACAACUGCAGAACCCAGAAAUGCAACAAAUGAUGUCAAACCCACAAGCCUUAGGGGCUUUGCUGCAAAUCCAGCAGGGUAUGGAACAGCUACGUGCGGCUGCUCCAACCUUAGUGAAUAACUUGGGCUUUGGUGCUGCUGCCGCCACAGCGCAGCCACCCACUACGCCUGCGCCCCCUACAAACAACCCAGCUCAAGGUCGCCAGCAGCAAAACAGUGAGCUAUUCACCCAGUUUAUGCAACGGAUGAUGGCAUCGAUGUCCAACGAUCAGAAUAGUUCCCAGCAGCCACCUGAACAGCGGUACUCGCAGCAAUUGGAACAACUUGCCGCCAUGGGAUUUCUCAACCGGGAUGCGAACUUGCAAGCGUUGAUCGCAACAUUUGGCGACGUGAAUGCAGCUGUGGAGAGGCUGCUAGCGCUUGGUCAGCUCUCUAUGAGCUAACAUACUCGUGCAUAAAUUUGACACAAUUACACCAUAGUCUUGAUACAUAACAUUACAAUACAUUAUGUCCUGUAAUUAUAACUAUCGAGGCCAUAGUGUACCCAACGGCUAAUUGAGUUUAAAUAAUAUAUACUAUCGAUAUAGUUGAUAAAUUUUUACUGUCGUAAUCCAUUCCUUUUUGUUUUAGUUAUUAGCUGUGACAUUUUGGACUUGACGGUCAAUUCAUUCUAUCAUAUUUUUAAUAAUAGUCUUAAAUCAUUAGCCGUGUAAUUUUUAUAUGAUUACAAGUGCAUAAUACUUUGAUUCCUGUGGCCACGUUCUGAAAGAAGUAAUGAUUCCAUCCAUAAAUUAAAUCCAUUGAAUACGGCAAUAAAAGCAUUAUAAAUAACAAAGAUUUCUAUUACAAGCAUGAGAAUGGUUUAAGAUUAUUAUUUAGAAAUACAACAUUGUAUUUGUGAACGGCGAAUGUAUAUAGCUUGCUUUGGGUGAGAAAAAGAAAAAUUAUGCAUGCAAUAAUUACAUUUAAAGAUGAAUUGUGCUAUUGCUUAUGUACAGUCUUUAAUGUAAAGUUUGCUUAACAAUAUUCAAUUUUUGUUAUGUAAUGUACACGUUUAGUGUGUUCCUCACAUUGAAUUUAAUUAUUUCACAAAUUUGUAAUUGCUUGGUUAUAUGAACACUGAACUUUUUUUAUUAAAGUUUUUUAGAAAAUGGUGGAGUGGAACUAUAGACAUAGGGAAUGGCUUAUUAUAAAAAUCACAACCAUAAUCUUUGAAAAACAAUCAAAUUGCAUGUUUGUCUUUGUCAAAUAUUUGACUGUCUAUUUCAUAGUUUAUAUCCCUAUGUCUAUGUCAUACAUAACUUAAAGACUUUAUUUAUUGUCUUAUGGUGGUAGAGUUUAAUUCAGCUGUGUGCUCUAAUUUAUAGGAUUCUAGUAAAUUCUAUUUAAUUAUGAUACUUCUUUAAACUAGAACAUACUGUUGCUCAGUUAUAUUGGAAUUUUGUUGAGUUGCCUAAAAUCCUAUGAAAUAAUCAUAAGAAUACUAACAUAGUAUUGAUAAUGGCUAUUUAAAAAACAAUUGUUAUUGUAUUCAUAAAUUUAAUGUAACAUCCUCCUUUAUAUUUUCCUACUGGUAAUUUAUCAGUUAAAGAUAUGCAAUUUGUAAAAGCCUAUGUUGUAUUGGGAUUUGCAUUGUAAAAAUAAAACGUAUUAUAACUUUGCUUCUAUUAUUAUUUAAGUUUUGUUGGGAAUAUAUUUUAAAGUACUUCUAGUGAACGAUGUGUAAUUAUUUGUGACGGAAUACAAUUACAAUAGAGAUAUUAA